CCGAGCCAGAGGCCGCCGCCCAAGCGUCGUCGCGGAGCCUGAAGCGCGUCGAGCGGCCGCGUCCGCGGGGUGUGGGCGAGCCCGGGCCCGGUCCCCUCUCUCGCCGCCGCCAUGGGCUGCACGCUGAGCGCCGAGGACAAGGCGGCGGUGGAGCGGAGCAAGAUGAUCGACCGCAACCUGCGAGAGGACGGGGAGAAGGCGGCCAAGGAAGUGAAGCUGCUGCUGCUCGGUGCUGGAGAAUCUGGUAAAAGCACCAUUGUGAAACAGAUGAAAAUCAUCCAUGAGGAUGGCUAUUCAGAGGAAGAAUGUAAGCAGUACAAGGUAGUUGUCUACAGCAAUACUAUUCAGUCCAUCAUUGCAAUCAUAAGAGCCAUGGGGCGGCUGAAGAUUGACUUCGGGGAAGCUGCCAGAGCAGAUGAUGCCCGGCAGUUAUUCGUUUUAGCUGGCAGUGCCGAAGAAGGAGUCAUGACCCCGGAACUAGCAGGAGUCAUCAGACGGUUAUGGCUUGACGGUGGAGUGCAAGCUUGCUUCAGCAGAUCUCGAGAGUAUCAGCUCAAUGAUUCUGCUUCCUAUUACCUAAAUGAUUUGGACAGAAUAUCCCAAAACAACUACAUUCCAACACAGCAAGAUGUCCUGCGAACAAGAGUGAAGACCACAGGCAUUGUGGAAACGCAUUUCACCUUCAAAGAGCUAUACUUCAAGAUGUUUGAUGUAGGUGGCCAGAGAUCAGAACGAAAAAAGUGGAUUCACUGUUUCGAGGGGGUGACAGCAAUUAUCUUCUGUGUGGCCCUCAGUGAUUAUGACCUUGUUCUGGCUGAGGAUGAGGAGAUGAAUCGAAUGCAUGAAAGCAUGAAACUGUUCGACAGCAUCUGUAACAACAAAUGGUUCACAGACACUUCAAUCAUUCUCUUCCUCAACAAGAAAGACCUUUUUGAGGAAAAAAUAAAGAGGAGUCCGUUAACCAUCUGCUACCCAGAAUACACAGGUUCCAACACAUAUGAAGAAGCAGCUGCUUACAUUCAGUGCCAGUUUGAAGAUCUGAAUAGAAGAAAAGAUACCAAGGAGAUCUACACCCACUUCACCUGUGCCACAGACACCAAGAAUGUGCAGUUUGUUUUUGAUGCUGUUACAGAUGUCAUCAUUAAAAACAACUUGAAGGAAUGUGGACUUUAUUGAAGAGUGCUGACCUUAGUAAACGUUAAUACAGUGUGGAGUGUUGCCAGACUUCUUUGCUGUCCUCACGGGGCAGCUGCAAGCAUGAACGGGACCAGGGAAUGGCGGCGGCAUGCAAAAUCUUAGAACUCUUUAGCACAAUCUUCUGUAUUAAGGAACUCUUAAUUGACUUGAGUUGCUAAUAUCAGACAUUGGAAUUUGAACACUUAUAAAGUUUGAUUCUAUUGCGAGUCAUCUGUUGGAUUUCAUACUGUUUGAGGCAGAUGUGAAGUUGAGGUGCUGCAUUCCAGAACUUCAAUAUAUAGCUUAGUCAUUUUUCCCCUUCUUGUCCAGCACCAAUAGUUCCUUUUUAAGGUUUUUUUUUAAUUCAAGAAAAGAAUAACUUUACUAAAUUUUACUUCUUUGUGAAAGAAUCCUUUAUUAAAACAGUCUUAACUAUGCACCUGAUGUGACAGAUCACCUUGAAAAUGUUCCUCUUAGUAGGAACUUUUGGUUUUUAACUCUUGGUAUGGUCAGAAUAUAAUAUUUCCACAAAGACUUAGUUCUUUACAGUUCUUGGGACUAUAUUUACAGCCUUUUUGGAUGAAAUUCACAUUACUGUCCUGUUAAUAAUACCAGUUGGUAUGAUUUCUAAACGGUAUUUACCUUGGAGAGUUUGUAUGAAGUAUGCUAGCUCUCUAUUUUUUUAAACUUAACCAUUGAAGGUUAAACUGGUUAAACUGAUGCUGAUACCAAAUUAGUAGAUAAAUGUUGAUGUUGUAUGAUAAGUCAGCUUCUUGGAUACAGCUAUACCCAGGGCAGCUGCCCAUUAGAAAUGCAAAUUGCUUAUUUCCAAAUAGAACCAGUGACUUUGCUGCUACUUAAUACCUUAACUAAAUUGACCACUUAGAUUUCUGCUUGUUUGUCUCAAUCAUAGGGAAUUUUGUGAAAGAUGACCCUUGUUUUCCAUCUUCCAUGGCCUUUCCUUUGGGAAACAUUUGAAGUGUAUUAACAGUGCAUGCUUUUACUUUGUGAACGUGGUGCCAAGUCCCGUUUUGCCACCGUUUUUAAAUGUAGCCUUGUUAAUUGUACUAGUCAGUACCUUCUUUUGGCAAAAUUACUGCAUUUGGGGACAUUUUUCCACUUUGUUGUGUGUACAGAUUUUAAUGUUAUAGUUGGCAGCAGUAUUAAAAUGGUGAGUAAAGAAUCCAGGUUUGUUCCUGUUUGUAAUACACCCUUUCUAGAAAUAAUUUCUUCUGUUUCUGUUUUGCUCCUGCUGAAUGUGCUUUGGCCUUUUGUCUGAAAUUGGGUUUAGAUCGAAGCCUUUCCUGAAAGUCUAGUCCUUUGCUGUAAUAAGUGUUGUUCGAUCUUGGCCCAUUGAGGGUCUAAUGUCAUAUCUGUAUAAGUGAUGCUUAGUUAUAACUCAUUUUCCAGAUUUACAUUUUGAUUGUGUGCAGAGCUAUAUAUACUCAUUUAGCCUGCAGGUCCUUUUGUACAAUGUACAGCAAAUGUCAUUAAAUACUGAAUGGUCCAUAGAAGGAAGGCAAAUAAAGAGAAUACAUUUUGAGCUUU